GCAUUUAUGAUAAGAAACUGAAGAUUUCGAUUUUCGGAUUUUCUCUCUCAAAUUUUUGAACAGGAUUUCGUUCCAAUUUUAUCAAUUUACGAGUUACUCUUGCUUAAGAAAUGAAUUUAUAAAUGAUGUAAGUCGAUCUUUUUCAUUAGAGAACAAAUCCUAUUUCCGUGGUGCGCGUAACUUGACUGAAUAUUGAGGAGAAAUCAUCAUUCAAUUACAAUGUUGAAAUUAUCAGGUAUUUCUUGCAUAUUUGUCGGUAGCUUGCGCUCGAAUUUGUCCAAACAAGCGAAGUUGCAGCUCGCUUGUUCAAACUUCAGGAAGAAUGCUACUCGUACCAUGAUCACCUUACCGUAUAAAGAAGACAAAAAGAAACCAGCUCCGUGGCCGUACCAAGAUAAAACACUUACUCCUAUCCACGUAAUGAUGGAUUUAACCCUGGCUCGUUUCGAUGAAAACACCAAAUUAAUCAUAGUGGAAGGUCCGAUUAAUUCUGGAAAGCGUGAAGUAGCCAAAAAAAUCGCCGAAGCUUUUGGAAUUCUAUACAUGCCUCCGCCGACAAUGGAUAUUGAUUACAUCAACGCUUAUGGAUAUGAUAUGCGUAAUUUAGAUCCAAAGUUGCCAGAAUCGCUACGAUCUUUCGACGAAAAGAAAUUCAAUUUGGAUCCUACUCAUCCAAAUGCCGCUACUUUUCAACUUUGCAUGUAUAAACAUAGAUUCGUUAAUCAUUUGAAUGCUUUACGCCAUAUUCUCAACACAGGAGAAGGAGUAGUCACUGUAGGAAGUCCAUUUAGUGAUUUCGUUUGGGCCGAGGCUAUGUUCCAGUGCGGAUAUAUAUCACCUCAAAUUCGCAAUUACUACUACGAAGUAGUAAGACAGUCUAUACAUAAUCUGUACAGACCUCAUCUGAUAGUAUAUCUGGAUGUUCCUGUGAAUAAAACAAUCGAAAACAUCAAGACUAGAGGCGCUGACUAUGAAGUCAAUUCAAAGGCUCUUACUCCCGAGUUUUUGCAAAGUUUGGAGAAAAUUAGCAAAGAAAAGUAUCUUCGUGAAGCCGAUGUACCCGGAUCCGUAUUAAUGGCAGAUUUUUCGGAAGAGGAAGAUGUUGACAAUAUCAUCGAGGAUAUUGAAAACAUUGAUUUCGAUUCGGAAAGACAUAGUAGAGAUCCCAAAUAUGCUGACUGGAGAAAAGACGAGUGGUGGCAGGAUUGGCAUAGACUUCAGUAUACAAGAAAUACUGGUCGGUGUAGAAUUUUCUCGCAAAUGAAUUUUAUUUCGUACGAUACGCCGGAAUUGUUUGCCAAUGAAUCUGAAUGGGAUGCGUAUCAGCAAAUUUGGAAGAGCGCUCCGGGAAUGGAAUAUGCUAGAGGAUUCAAUCCAAAACGAGGAGAUAAAAAUAUCAUGUUGAAAGUUGAUGAAAGAUUCCCCGAGGGGCCGACAUUAUAAUGUCAUAUGUUGUUAAAAAGUUGUCUUGUUAAUGAAUUUCUAUGUCAUAAAUAAUUAAAUUUGCCUA